AUGUUGAAACCGUUCCAGAUACGAGAUCUUCAUCGAUCUUCAUCCCAAGACAAUCUCGCUGCAUCUCAAAGUCCUGAUCAUGCCGUGGUAGAAGACCGCAGUAUCCUUCAGAAUCGCCAGCAGGGCAUUGUCCGGUUGUCUGCUACAGACUAUGAUGAGAUAACGGCGAAUCAUCCUAGAGCCCGGCUUACAUACGUCGACGAGGAUGACGAUGAGCUCAUCACGGUGGGGUCAUCUCUCGAGCUUUCCCAACGUCUAGAAGAACCCGUUGAUACUUCUGCCAUUCCACAGCCGUCGCUAGAAUCUAUCUCCCCUGAGCCGAUGCAUAUAUUUGACAUCAGACGGUCUAACUCAGUGAAGAAUCUAUGGAAGAAGUUUGAAUAUAAGCCCCACUUAGAGGACCAUCAGGAUAGGAAUGAGAUCGGCACGGUGCCUACAACUGCAGAUGAUUCUCAGUCUAAUGCACAAGAGGAGCCUAGCACCAGCCGUGAGAAUCCUGGCCCCGCUACGACCGACGUUCCAGAACCACUCUUGGCCGCAUUUGAGGCUGAGAUGGCCAGGAUUUUGAAUGUCACUAACACCGUACGUGACGGUAACUCUGAACCAGAGCGUCCGACUGAGACGCCAGCAGGAGCUGAAUCCAAUGACCGACAUCAGCAUCCGAGCGAUGCUUUUGUACAUGCUCUGCAUAAUCUGGUGGAGGGUGCCGAAAUGAUUAGUGCUGGCGUGAGAUCCAGGCUGCCUGAAUUCGAGCGGCAGUUACAGAAUGUUCAGCGCACUCUUCCAGAACAUGUUGGGUCUUCGGUGCAGGUAGCCCUUGCAGCUCUGGAUAGCCAGGCGAGGAACUUGAUCCAAGCACUCAAUAACGCAUCAACCGUGGGAGGACAAAGGGCAGGGAAUCUUUUCCAAACUGAACUGCCUACCCCAGCCGCAACUAUGGAGGGUCUUCGUAAUAUGGCGUCUGAACUUGGCCACAUGGGAAACACAUUGUUUGAGGCCUUUGAAUCCGAGUUUAGAUGCAAUGCUUCGAGAAGCCAAGACCAAGGAGCCCCUGGAAAUUCACCACAAACCGAGCUUACUGCUAGUGCCCGACCUGAUAUCCCGGCAGCAUCACCCGAAACUCAGCAAUCCAAUCUAGCCGCAAAGUGCGAGAACGAGAAAGAACCUUUGGGCAUCGAUACACAAGCUGCUCCAUCGACAGAGGUUGGAUCACCGGAGAGAUCACAUCCCCUCCCUGACAGACCCCAUCCCUCAUCCCACAAUUUUCGACCUCCGUUCGCCACACCAAACACGUUUUAUCCUCCUCCCUCAUUCCCAGUGCCGCCUCCUUUUCCUUCCGUGUUCUGGCCACCUCAUGGACCCCCUCCUCAUGGACAUCCUCAUGGACCUCCUCAUCAUCAGCAUCCUCCACCUCCACCUCACGGCUUCCAUCCUCAUUCCCCUCAUCCACGCGCUCCUCACCCACAUACCCACCCUCAUGCGCCACACCACGGGCAUUUUUAUACCCCGACAAAUGCCCUGCCUGUACCUCCGCGACCACCUCGCCACCGGCAUAGAGAAUGGCCUGCGUCCCACCAUAGACAGAAUGACAAUGGAGCACCGGCACCUGAGGCAAUUCACCGUCCCGAACACGGCUUACCCUCUUCUUUCACAGCUAGUUCUGCCGGAACAUCGCUUUUCAUUGGGAAUGUGGGAUUUAGUGUUCACGAAGCAAUGAUUCGUGAUGUUUUCGCUUCCAAGGGAUUUUUAGUCGAGGUACAUUUGCCGCUAGAUGCAGAGACGGGAAGACAUGCUGGCUUUGGCUACCUGCGCUUUCCUUCCAUCCACGCAGCAAAAGCGGCGUUGGACGCUUUGCAAGGUGCUCACAUAGAUGGACACUCAAUUAAUUUGGAGAUCAGUGAUCACUCUCCGAUCACCGCGCUAGACACAUCACAGGUCCGCGAAGUAAACUCUAAUCAGCCGCCAGCGCCAUCUGAACUUCAGUCUUCCUCUGUUGCGCCAACUAGAGCGAGGCAGGCGUCCGAACCACAAACUAGUGGAGAACGGGGCUCAUCCAGCGAGCAGAGAUCGGCGCCCUUAACCGUGGCCGACCUCUGCUCGAGCGAUACCCGCCACUUGUCUAGGCUGUCUUCUAGCGAUACCAGUUUAGUUAGCUCCUCACUUUUAGACUCGGAACGACUCAAUACUCUAUAUCCCUCGCUCUUGCCUGAAGGGUCUUCUCAACAGCCUGUGGUGGGCAACAACACAUCUACGCAACUUCCAGAUCUCAGCCGCGAGCCAGAAGAACGCCGUUUCCCACCAGUGUCACAAUUAGAUGCGCACUUUCUGGCCGAACGACGCGGCGGGGCAGAAUCGUCUAGUGAUACUUCCACUUCCAGAACUAGAUCGACUUUCCAGAGGGAUAUCGCAAGCGACAGCCAUGACAGUUUGUAUGGGCCGACACCACGGAGCCCUCCCGGUGCAUUUCCUCAAGACGCCCAGGAUAGUUUUCAACCACGCCCCUCAUCUCUAGAAACCGAUGCUACACAGCAGCAAGGCGGCAACGAUCGUGUGCCUACCUCAUUUUAUUGUCGUCACCCAGGGACUGUGAGAUCUUUUCAUCCGUCGCGAAGACACUCGGGUCCAUGGAAUACCCUACGGGCUGAGGAGACUCAUGAUAAUGCCAGGCCGCUGAGGCGACGGGCUACUGAACGUCAUUCCCUCCGGGAUGGCCGGGAGAUGAGCUCGACGAAUACCUUCAACCGGCGAUCAUACCGCAGUGAUGCCAUGCCCCGCCCAAACACGUCUACAACUGAGAGUAGUACUAGAAGACAACGCAGCAUUGAUGACUGUGUGUCUGCACUGGCUAGCUUGGGUUAUGGAGGCGCCGAGGAAGGCGGACUUCAGAGGAUUGCUGUGUAUGCUGCAGCAGUGGAUGGCAGGGUAUCGGACGCGAUUGAGAUGAUCGAGGAAGAGCGGAAAGCUUACGAGCAACAAGGACCAAUGAGGUGA